GUCGACAGCCCGCGCGCGGCGAGUGAUGACGUGCCGACAAUUCGUUAGUAGCGCGCGGCGGAGGCGAGCGCGCUCGUGACGCCGGCGGCGGCAUGUGAUGUUCCGGCGGCGUGCGCUGCGGCGGCGGCUGGCAGCGGCCGGCGCGCCCUCGGUACCGGACGACCAGCUGCGAGGGCUGGCGCGCGCGCUGGACGCGGGCCCGGGCGGUACGGCGUGCGUGCCGGGUGCGGCGCUGCGCUUGCCGGCCGCCCGCGCCUUCCUGCACCCCGAGCUGCGCGACCUGGCCGAGCUCCGCCGCCUGCCGCUUUGCUCGGACCACCGGUGCUGCAACCCCUAUCACUUCAGCCGCCUCUGCAAGCCCGAAACUCCCCCUCCACCAUACAGUCGCUUCGUGAUGGACGACGUGAAGCCUAAAGAGCACGGCGAGAGCACAGAGGAUGCGAGGAGGACAGAUCAUGAGCGGCUUCCUACAGGCUCCCUCGCCACUGAUGGCGAAGAGCGGCCAAGCUGGGAGGCAGAGUGGUGCCGGCUAGCAUACUGGGAGCUGGCGCGGCGCGUGGGCCGGCAGCACGGCGUGCGCGUGCGCGCAGUAGACGUGUUUGGUGGAGACGCUGCGCCGGGCAGGCACGGACUUUGCCUCGACGCCCUCCACGCUCGCAACGACGCACCGCAACCUGAACAGGUGCGUAAGACACGAGCUAAGAUCGGUCUGGGCGUGACUUUGUCGCUGGAGGGCGACGGUGUGUGGCUAUACAAUCGCAGCCAAGCACCGGUGUUCGUAAGUUCGCCCGCGCUGGACGCGGCGGCUGCGCGCGCACUGCUCGUGUGGCGCGUGCCGCCCGCGCACUGCCUGUGCGUGUUCGACCCCGGCGCGCCGCCCGCGCCCGCAGCACUGGCGCUGCCGCACCUCGGCCCCGUGGACCCUCGCUCGGUGCGCAUCUCGUUCGCCAAGGGCUGGGGGCCCAAGUACUCGCGGCGUGACGUCACCGCCUGCCCGUGCUGGCUGGAAGUGCUGCUCGCGCCGCCCAGCUGACCCAAGGACGCUU